GUCGGAUGCGCGACGACGACUACGCCUUUCGCACGCGAGGGGCGCCGAACAGCACCCACCCGCCGCGGCCGGCCGGUCCUCUUUCGUCCUAUGGCCAGUGGCCCGCCGCGAUGGCGCCGCCGACGCACGCCGCGAUCGCCGCCGCCGCCACCUCCGCGCUCGGGGUAGCGCUGGGGGUGCGGCUGCUGCUGCUCCUCUCCCGCUCCCGCGCGCUCAAGCCGCUCGCCGCCGCCACGUCCGCCGCGGCGGCCGCGCUCAAGACCCCGCGCGCGCUGGCCGCCUCCUCGUCCCCGCUCGCCGCGCUGCUCGCGGCCUCCAAGGCCGCGUCCAAGUCCUACAAGGCCGCGCGAACGCUCCGCCCCGCCGCGCGCCUCCCUUCCCUCCCCUCCGACAAGCGCCUCAAGGCCGCGUUCGCCGCCGCCUCGCUCCUACGCCUCGCGGCCGCCGCGCCGCCCCCCGUCGCGUCCCCCACCGGCGUCGCGGCCCUCGCGAUCCUCAAGUCUGGCUACAAGCUUUCCAAGAACUCGGCCAAGGUCAUCGAGGGCUUCCUCGGCCUCCAGGUGCACAAGGGCAUCAGGAAUGGGGUCGACGCGCUCGGGGUGGUCGUCAAGGUCGCCGUAAUCGCCACCGAGGUCGCCGUAUGGGUCGGCGGUCGAUUCUGGGGCGGCCGACGGGGGUGCUCCGUGCAAUUUCUCGGCUUUACUCGGCCGAGCAGUUUACUGCUUGUUCGGUAUAGCAAAUCUGAAGCCCAAGUUGUGCUCUUGGAUCAUGGAGCUGGAAGAGUUGCGAUGGAUGGAGAUGAGAAACAGUUGGAAGGGCGAGAGGGGUCGGACUUACUCUGCCUUGCGGUGCCACUUCCUGAGGCAACACAUUAUUAGUGAGUUAGCACUUAGCACAAAAUUGUUGUACAAUUGCAUAUAUAAGAUAUCAUGUAGAGAUGGCUCUGAAUUUUGCUCGAAUGUUUGCUUCUUUUCUCGUUUCUUAGUUAAGUUUGGCUAAUUAACUGUGCGACAACAUCUCAGUUCAA